AUGGCUACACAACAGAUCCUUUUUGCCGAAACGGUAGCCGCUAUGAAAAAGGCUCUCAAGCGGAAAAGCUAUGAAUCCGACUCGGACGAUGAAAUUGACCACUACGGAAACCGUGGACACAAGCUUAAAAAGCGUGCCCUUUUCUCCCACCAGGGUCAACUCGCACCACCCUCCGGUCCUGAAGUCUACAAUGAAGUAAUCGACUAUGCUGGACAGCAGCGCACGAUCAUCAGCCGCAACCCACCAAUUGUGGACGACGAGGGAUACGAGAUCGACAGUGACGACGAGGAGGAGCGCAUCCAGGAGGCCGUCUCUGCGGCCACCGAGCUCGACCCCUAUGCCAACAUUCGAAUUGAGCAGAUCCUAGCUCCAUUGACUGCCUCGACCGACCUUCCAAGCCACCCUACCCUCUCCAAGCCGUUCACCGCCAAGACAUUAGACGAGAUCGCUGAGCAAAGCUGUCAAGUCAGACGCAAGGAGAACGCAUCUCUGUGGAGGGUAAGGCAUCUCUUCACGAGGCUAUGCGGCGACUACACAUGGGUGCCAUGCGGCAUGAUGGUUGGGCCUGACGACGCGGAUCUCUACUCAAGCGACUAUGUGGAGCGCGGCUACGCGCGCAAAACAAAAACUCUCGCCUCGAGAGAAACCGAGGCCGCUGCUUCCGGAACAGUAAACGGUGACGCGAAACCGGAGCGAGCGCUAAACGGCACGAACGGAGAGUCUUCUGGUGACAAGCAGAGCAGCGACGGGGACGUGACCAUGGCUGAUGCAGGCUCAGACGACAAGUCGGCCAAGGUGGACACACCUACCGCAGGCGAGGCUUCUCGGCCAACCAACGGUCAGACAUCAAGGAUGGACAUUGCCCAGAAAGCGGGAGCCGACGAGAGCAUUGCCGACAAGAAGCAGAAGCAAAAGGCUGUCGAUGUCGAAAUGCACGAGGGUAACGCGGCUCCUCCGUCGCAGCCCGGAACGGACAUGUUGGACCACAACGGAACGCAUGCGCCAUCAAUAGCAUCGGAAGAGGUAGACGAAACAUUUGUGCACCCGUUCUUCCGACCGCCGCCCAACGCUCGUCCAGACCGAGAUGUGGGUCUGCCAGAGGCCGAGGCCGAGGAUAUCCGCCGGUUGCUGGCACUGUACGUGCAGAAGCAGGAGGAGGUCUGCCGCGGUGCCAUGAAGCUCCACGAAGGUCUCCUCAAGGCCAACCGACUGCGUAAGACUGUGCUUCACUGGUCCAAGGCAGAGGCGCACAGCGGACCGAACCGGGACAUGUCGGAUGGCGAGGACUGGUACGACAAGGAGGAGUGGGGCCUGACCGAGGACCUGAAGAAGGGCCAGGACGACGAGGAGGAAGACACGGGCACCGUGGCCAAGAAGACUAGGAAUCGCAGGUGA